UUUGUUUUGUUCCGUUCGGACGCCGUCGCCGCCGGUUUCUUUUGUGCUUUAGUGCAAGGCGCAAAGUUGCAAACUCAGCGAACCAGUUCCGCGGGAACCAUUCCAGAACCACGUGCUCGCACCACCAUGGACAGCCACCGGUCCACCGGCACCAACGGCGUCCUCGAGGGGCUCAUUCUGCGCGCCGAGGAGGUGCUCGGCAAAAUGCUGCUCAAACUGCAGCGCACCCGGAUGCCGCUGGAGGAAAAGGUCCGGAUGAUAAACGCCCUGCACGCGUUCGUUGAGCAGUGGGAGGGCGCGCUGGCGGACGUGAAGCUUCCGCCGGAACUGCAGCAGCUGGGGCAAUCGCCGCCGAGCAAGCCGAAAAGUCACGGCGAUGAGAUUAUGGACGUGAUGCAGAAGCUGGGACUGAACGGGGAUGAUGGGGGUGGGGGAGGAGGACGGCCGGUGAAGAAUGGCGGGCGGAGUGUGGUGGCCGUGCCGGUUCCGCAGGAGGAGGCCGAACCGGUCUUUGAGGUGUUGGAGCAGUCGCUGAAGGAAUACAAACCCAACCACACCGGCCGGUGCGUAAUCUCGUCCGUAAUUCCGGGUGGCCAGCGCAGCUUCUGCAUCGUGGACCGCGACCACCGGGACUGCACCAAACUGCUGGCGGCGAUGCAGCACAGUCACGGCUCCCGGCUGGCCCAACUUCCGGCCCGGCCCGGUGACGUGUUCGGGGUGUUCCUCGAGGGCACUCUGUUCCGAGCUGUGCGGAACCGGCCCCCGCUGGAGGGAUCCCGGAUGAGGACGGAUUACAUCCGGCUGUUGGACACGGGUGAGGUGUUGGCGUACGAGGAGGGCGGCGGAGGUAUGCUGUGCGAAUUGUCCGAGUAUUACCGGAAGUUGCCGGCGUUCGCAAUCCGGUGCGUGCUGGUCAACGUGCUGGACGAUCCGUUCUCGUGUGACGAUCUGAACCGGUAUCUGCGGAAGAAUCUUCACGCGUCGCAGAACUACAAGGUGGUCUCGGCCGAGGGACACAUUCUGUAUCUGCGGUUGAGCCAGCAACCGAUCACGGAGAAUCCGUUCAGCGGGGAUUUGUCCGCGGACAGUGCCACCAGCAGCCUCUCGGACAGCUCCGACUCGGAGCCAAGCUCGCUGGAGGAAACCCGAGUCAAGCCGAGAACCCCACGGUUGGUUGCACCGCCGUCCCCACAGAAGAAACCCACAACUCCCCGCUGGAACAUCUUCAAGGUGGACAAUCCGGACAAAUCGAACGGCACUCCGAUCAUCCGGCCAGCCGGAAUCCCACCGGAGAAGCCACCAACCCCCCCGAAAAAGAAGCCCGAUUCGGACGAUUACGUCGUUCCGCCGGUCGGCAGUCACCUCUACCUGGUGCCCAAGUUCAUCCGGGACGUGGACCACUUCUGGUGUCACGUCGUCGAGGGUGGCGACCGCGUCAACGCCGACCUCAUGGAGCUCGAACUGAAGCUGAACGAUGCGGAGUAUUCGCGCACCUUCCGGAAGUUCGACCGCCGGCCACCGGCCUUCGCCGAGCCGGUCUUUGCCAAGUACACGGACCGGAAGUGGUACCGGGCGGAAGUGGCCGAGUACUUUGACGAGGACAACGUGAAGGUGUUUUACGUGGAUUACGGGAACUGUGAGCUGGUGCGGACGGACGAGAUGCGCCGCUGGGACGAGCGGUUCAGCUAUCUGCCGUACCAGGCCGUGAUGUGUAGGUUGGCGGAUGUGCGGGCGGUGAGGCCGUUCCACAAGCAGGCCGUCGUCGAGAUGAACCGGGUGCUGCUGAAUCAGCGCGUGCUGGCGCAGGUUGUAGACAACGGCACCCCCUGGGAGGUGAUUCUGUACGACAAGGACGGCUUCAACGUCGCCACCGGACUGCUGCUGGCCGGGCUGGCCAAAAAGCUGUUCGAGGACGCCGCCGAGCUCGCGGAAGCGGCCCGCCUGAUAAGCGGCCAGCGGGAAACGGCAUCGUCAGUGCGGGGACGAUGAAAGUUAUUUUUUUUUGCUUUUUUCUUACAAAAUGAUUUUUUUGUUACUAGAAAAUUAAUGAAUUUUGAAAUGAUGACUACCAGAAUCAACAAAUAUUAAAUGAUAUCUAAAAUAUUUGACGAAAUGAAAUGUUCAAGAAAGUUUAGUUUAGCAAUAAAACACGCAAAUAAAACAA